AAAAGGUUUUUGCCUCCCCUCCAUGUGACUUGCAGCCUGCUGCACUUCAGUUACGUCGCCUCUGAGAUAUGUUAAAGUGCAGCUCAGUUUAAUGAAGGAGUGGAUAGGACAAUUCUAGGCUAGAGGCAAUUUACGGCAAGGACUGGGUAAGUAAGUGCAGCUGUAGAUAAAUGUUUACUAAUAUUGUCCAAAUGUUGUAAUGUCUAGCUUAUAGCAUUUAAAAGAAAAAUCAGAGUUACCAUUUUUAAGUGGUCCUUUCUUGGUUUUAUUUAAUUUGCAAGUGUUGGUGGUACAUACUAUGUAAUAGAUUAAUGCAUAAUACUGAUAAAGGAUUUAGUUUUAUUUUUCAGACUUUCUACAACAAAACAAAUAACUUUCCUUAUUUUCUUGUACUUGUUUUAAAUUCUUUGCCAUGUAUGUCACUGCUUUGUCUAUUUUAAUGCAGUGCUCAAAAUAAUUUCAGUAGGAGUUAGCUGAUAGUUUCUGCUGCAUUCCUGUUAUUUUGAUUAUUUUUCUGCUGUUUAGGGAGAGGGGAGAGCAGCUUGUACUCUGAACCUCCCUGGUACAGUAUUUUCAGAUUUCUAGAAUCCAACUCCAGAGCACUGAAAAAUUCCCAGCAUCAACUUGUUCCAGGAAUUCAUUCAAUUGUCCUAGUAGGAUAAUCACUCCAUUUAGGAGGCUAAUAUUGUGUGCUGAGAACAGAAAAGAAAUGGAGGACUGGAUAAGCUCUCUGAAGUCCGUUCAGUCCAGAGAACACUAUGAGACCGCACAGUUUAAUGUGGAACAUUUCUCAGGGAUGCAUAACUGGUACGCCUGCUCCCACGCCCGACCCACCUUCUGUAACGUGUGCAGAGAGAGCCUCUCUGGAGUCACUUCUCACGGCCUGUCCUGCGAAGUGUGUAAAUUUAAAGCACAUAAAAGAUGUGCUGUCCGAGCAACAAAUAACUGCAAAUGGACUACAUUAGCCUCAAUUGGAAAAGACAUCAUUGAAGAUGAAGAUGGUAUAGCUAUGCCUCACCAGUGGUUAGAGGGAAACCUGCCCGUCAGUGCCAAAUGCGCAGUCUGCGACAAGACUUGUGGCAGUGUUCUACGCCUGCAAGAUUGGAAGUGCCUUUGGUGUAAAGCUAUGGUUCACACGGCCUGUAAAGAUCUGUACCCUCGUAAAUGUCCACUUGGCCAAUGUAAGGUAUCGAUCAUCCCUCCAACAGCACUAAACAGUAUAGACUCUGAUGGUUUCUGGAAAGCCACAUGCCCGCCAUCCUGUGCCAGUCCUCUUUUAGUUUUUGUUAACUCAAAGAGUGGAGACAAUCAGGGAGUAAAGUUUCUUCGUCGAUUCAAACAGUCGUUAAAUCCAGCUCAGGUCUUCGAUUUAAUGAAUGGAGGACCUCACUUAGGUUUGCGGUUAUUUCAGAAGUUUGACAACUUCAGGAUUCUUGUGUGUGGUGGCGAUGGAAGCGUGGGUUGGGUCUUGUCAGAAAUUGAUAAGCUCAGCUUGCACAAGCAGUGUCAGUUAGGAGUGUUACCCCUUGGUACUGGAAAUGACCUUGCUCGUGUCCUUGGUUGGGGAGGAUCCUGUGAUGAUGAUACACAACUUCCUCAGAUUUUGGAAAAACUAGAACGAGCCAGCACAAAAAUGUUAGACAGGUGGAGUAUAAUGUCAUAUGAACUGAAAUUACCAGCAAAGCCUUCUAUUCUUCCUGCGACUGCAGAAGAAUCAGAGGAGUGCCAGAUAUCUGCUUAUGAGGAUUCAGUUGCUGCUCAUCUUGCAAAAAUUCUCAAUUCUGAUCAGCAUUCAGUUGUCAUAUCCUCUGCCAAAAUAUUAUGUGAAACUGUAAAGGAUUUUGUUGCCAAAAUAGGGAAGACUUAUGAAAAACCAAUGGAAAAUGCGGAGGAAGCUGAUGCCAUGGCCAUUAAAUGCUCAGAGCUAAAUGAAAAGCUGGACCUAUUGCUCCAGGCUCUUCACACAGAAGCCCAGGCUGCUCCCAUUCUCCCAGGCAUUGCUCCCCCCAUUGUGGAAGAAGAACCAGAGGAGUUCUCAAGUGAAGAAUCCUUGUCUGAAAGUAAAGAGCAAUUAGCAGAGUGUGUCUCAAAGUCUUCCCAGAAGCUCUUCAAACCAAGGCAACAGUUAAUGCUCCGAGCAAACAGCUUAAAGAAGGCUGUGAGGCAGAUCAUUGAACAAGCAGAAAAAGUUGUGGAUGAGCAGAAUGCUCAUAGUGAAGAACAAGUGAACCAAUCUCCAGUAGAGUACAGCAAAGAAUUGGAUGAAUCCAAAGAAGAGGAAAAAGAGGAAGAUACAAAGGAACUUGAGUCUCCAUCAACUAAAACUGCACCAAGAUCUCCUGACAGACGUACAAGCCGAGGUAUCCAUUCUCAGACAGGUUCUUUCUCUGCUCCAGCUUUGGCAGCAAGCAAGGAAAACCUCCCAGUACUUAACACGAGGAUUAUCUGCCCAGGUUUAAGGGCUGGUCUAGCUGCUUCCAUUGCAGGAAGUUCAAUUAUUAGCAAAAUGUUGCUAGCAAACAUCGAUCCAUUUGGUGCUACGCCGUUUAUUGACCCGGAUCCAGAUUCCUUGGAGGGUUAUUCAGAAAAAUGUGUCAUGAACAACUACUUUGGAAUUGGGUUAGAUGCAAAAAUUUCACUAGAAUUUAAUAACAAGCGAGAAGAGCACCCUGAAAAAUGCAGAAGUCGGACGAAAAACAUGAUGUGGUAUGGAGUUCUUGGCACAAAAGAGCUAUUGCAAAGAACUUACAAGAACUUAGAACAAAAAGUUCAACUUGAGUGUGAUGGACAGUACAUUCCCCUUCCAAGCCUGCAGGGUAUAGCUGUGCUAAACAUUCCCAGCUAUGCCGGUGGGACUAAUUUCUGGGGAGGAACCAAAGAAGAUGAUAUAUUUGGAGCUCCUUCGUUUGAUGAUAAGAUCUUAGAAGUUGUUGCUGUAUUUGGCAGCAUGCAGAUGGCAGUGUCCAGAGUCAUCAAACUGCAGCACCACAGGAUAGCUCAGUGCCGGUCAGUAAAGAUCACCAUACUUGGUGAUGAAGGGGUUCCAGUGCAAGUCGAUGGAGAGGCAUGGAUCCAGCCCCCGGGAGUUAUUAAGAUCAUCCAUAAAAACAGAGCUCAGAUGCUAACACGAGACAGAGCCUUUGAAAACACCCUGAAGUCUUGGGAGGACAAACAGAAGUAUGAUUCCUGCAAACCUGUCAUUCGAUCUCCCUUGUAUCCUCAGCAAGCUGUUGAGUUGGCUACAGAAGAAGAAGUUGCACAGAUCCAGUUGUGCUCACAAGCUGCAGAAGAACUUAUUACCAGGAUCUGUGAAGCAGCAAAAGUACAUGGUCUCUUGGAGCAGGAGCUUGCUCAUGCUGUUAAUGCAUGUUCACAUGCAUUAAAUAAAGCCAACCCAAGGUUUCCUGAGAGCCUUACCAGAAACACUGCCAUGGAGAUAGCUGUCAAUGUGAAGGCCUUACACAAUGAAACAGAAUCUCUGCUAGUAGGAAGAGUUCCUUUGCAGUUAGAAGCUCCCCAUGAAGAACUGUUGUCUGAUGCUUUGCACAGUGUGGAAAUAGAGUUGAGAAAACUUGCUGAGAUUCCUUGGCUUUAUUAUGUUUUUCAACCAAAUGAUGAUGAGGAUCCCCCUCUGGAUUAUGCUAAAAGAAACAAUAGAAGUACAGUGUUUCGUAUAGUGCCAAAGUUUAAAAAAGAAAAAAUUCAGAAGCAUAAGACCAGCCCUCAGCCUGUUCAAAAAUGGGGCACAGAUGAAGUUGCUGCUUGGCUGGAUCUGCUCAGUUUGGGAGAGUACAAAGAAAUCUUCAUCAGCCAUGACAUCCGAGGCUCUGAGCUUUUACAUCUGGAAAGGCGAGAUCUUAAGGACCUGGGGAUAACGAAAGUGGGUCAUAUGAAGCGAAUUCUCCAGGGAAUUAAAGAGCUCAGCAAGAACACCCCUUUGUCUGAAGUGUAAUUAUGCUGGUGCUUUUCUUAAAGAGAGAAGAGAAAGUUGCUGGAGAAGCAAAGCUGUUGCAAGCACUUGGCUGUCCUUGUAGUUAAUGGAAGAAUAAGCACUGGUGUUUGUACAGCCUAGCACCUCUGCAUUCUUGUGUGGUGAAGAACUUGCAGCAAGAGUACAAAAGGAUUUGUGCCAAAACAAAAAGGAAAAGGUGGUAUGUUCUGCAAAGAUGUUUUCUUGGUGUGCAAAUUGGCCAGUUCAGAUAAGCCCAGUUUGGCAAAUUGAUUGGUUGAUGGUGAACUGCACUGACUGGAAAAUAUAGUCAAGGAAUGAUUGCUUUGCUUACAUGCAGCUCAGUAUGCCUCUCUUUAUGCUGCAGCAAGAUGCCACUGUACAGCAUGAGGUCACCUGGUUUUCCUUCUGAGGCGUAGCUGUGUAAAACCUCCUGUGUGGGAGACCAGGAUGUUUGGAAGGUUCAACACGUGAGCCUGGCAGUGCCGCAGGUAUCCAGCACUCGCUGGCCAUGCAGAAGAGGGGAGAGAUACCUCGUGAUACCAUGAAUGCAAACUAUACUGCAUGGUGUGCCUGCCUGAAUUGUCUGUUGUUCUGUUGCAUGACACAUCUGAUACUUUAAACACUUGAACAACUUUUUUAUUGGUUUGAAUGAGAUUUAAUUUAUUGCUACUUGAGUGUCUUUUUUUUUUUUUUUUUCUUUUUUUUUUUUUUUUUUUUUUUUUUUUUUUUUUUUUUUUUUUUUUUUCCCUCCAGUUUCAGGCACUUUUCUAUUCUUCAGUGUUGUGUUAUGCCUCAAAUGUGUUCUAUGGCAAAGGGUGUGUGGGUGUGGAAACUUAGCAUUUGUGCCAUAUUCAGCAGAUUAUAUAUGAUUGAAACACUGUACAGUUAGAUUUUUAGAUAUAUCAUGUACAGAAGGUUUAUCAGGUAACUAACUUAUGAGACUUUUUGAAAGACCGGUACCUCACAAAAACAUCAAUUGGCUUCCUGCAUGGAAAAUGAUAAAGAAUUUUCUCAUGGUGCAUUUUAAUGUAGUUAUUCAGUUAUCUUAAACAUUUGUAGCAUAUUUGAACUUGUAGGCACUAAUGGUUUUAUUUAUUCUAUUGUUCAAAAGCAAGUUUAAAUAUUAAUGAAAUUUUCUUAAAGGAAAAUUUAAUUUUAUUUAUAAUACAUAAGAAGAUAUUUAAAAUGUAGCAGCUGAUAUGAUUUUUGUGGGGUAAAAUUUUACUUGUUGCUAAUUAACUACUAAUUUAAAAAUGCAUCUGUGUGCAUUUCUUUAAAAAGGUAUCAAUUUUUUUCUUGACAGCACUCCACCAUCAGUAGACCAUAAAAAUUUAAAAAACCCAGACUACAAGGUUUUAGGCUAUGCAUGCUAAGAUGAAUCACAUGCAAGACAGUAAUCCACGAGUGUAAACAGGUUAAAAAAAUUAAAACCACCUUUGUUUAUAAAUUGCUCUAGACCAGAGUUUGUAAGGUUAUUUACACUUUACUUAAAUGAAACAGGUUCAUAAUUUAAUUUCCUCGUUAACUUUUCACAAAAGUAUUAAUCUAGUUGGAAAAUAAAUUUCAGGUAUCUAAAAAAAAAAAUCCUACCUAAAUGUUUGAGAUAAGAUGACUUUGCACCACCUGCCAGAAAAUUUGCACAGAAUUGCUUUCUCCUUGCUAUUCCUAUCAAUGUGUCAUUGCAGCACAAGGAACAUUUGACUUUCACUUAAUCAAAUAGCUUUGAUGUUUCUUGCAUUUUAAAGAGUAUCUUAACAUCUAUUUGUGUUUUCCUCAUGGGCAGCAGAGUAAGGUUUCAUUUGUUUCAAUUUGUUUUUUAUCAAAACUUAUUUUCUUGUAUAAAGGGGCCAAUGUCAAGUACUGCAUCCUGGUUUUGCCCUCCAUUUCCCAUGCAUAUGACAGGAGCUGUUCCAUGGCAAAUAGAUGGGACUCAUCCCUUGGAAAGGAAAGUCUAUUAUCCUCAUUGUUUUAUUGGAGAAAAAAAAAUCAGAAUAAUCAAAACAGACUUAAUUUUUUUCUGAUUGUAGUUUUUUGUGUUCUUGCUGCUGUAGGUUGAACAGGCACCACUCUGGGAGUUCUGUGGACAUAAUGAUUACUCUGGUAAACAAACAAAAGUAAAGGGCUAUUUUCCAUUAAAAAACAAACCAAAUUGCAUUUGCCAAAUGAUAUGACUUUCAGGCUGUUGUAUGAAAAGCAUAUAAAAAAUAUGAAAAGUUAGGCAAACGGUGGAAAGUUUGUUGGUUUUGGUUUUAUUCUAAUGUACUUGACAUUCACUCCUUUAAUGACAUUCAGGAGACAUCUGCCAAGUCUUUGUAAGCUUUAUUUCUUUUUCUCUUUGGUUCUCCAUAAGCUACACUGUAUUUUAACAUGUGGCAGCAUUUUAGCAUAUUGAUGUUGCAGUAGACAGCACAGCUCAUCUUCUGGUCUAUUCAAGGACAUAACACAUAGCAGAACUUUCUUUGCUUUCCUGAUUGUAAGAUACAAUCUCUUUACAACUUUCAGCCUUGCUGUAUGUAAUGCAUUAAGAUGGCCUAUGGAACCAAAUCUCUUCAAGUCACUGUAGAGAUCUAUGCUGAGUAUAUUAAGAAAUGGAAGCUGCUUUUGGGCAGGAAAAAUGGGCAAAUUUGUUUGUAACACAACUUUCUUAUGGCACUCCUCAAAUUACCUCAAUAUAGGACAACUGAUCAAUGUUCAUUUUUCUGAAUGAUCACCAAAGAAUUCAACUUUGAUUGUCCUAAACAGAUUUCUUUAAUCAUGUGAGUAGGAAAAAGCAAAACUGUGUAAUUUAUGCUGUAUUUAUUAGAUGCCCAAGAAAGCAAAUUUUAUGCAACUCUAUGCCUUAGACUAGUGUUGGCUAUGAAGUGCAAAUGCUUCUGACAAGGAGGCUCAAAAUAUUUUGUAGGGGUUCUUUGUGGAGGUUGUGGAUUGUAACUGUGUUUAAGUGAUGUGGCUUUUUUGAAGACCUGAACACAGUGCUGCUCUCUCGUGAUUUUUUCUAAAUAUUGGGGUUUUUUCUUACUGCUGUAAAAGUCCCAGCUCCUAGAACUAAGUACAUACAUAACUACAUUUUUUAACAAACUGUAUUCUCCCUAAUUUAAUCCUGCUGUAAAAAGUGCUUCAACGCACACAUCCCAAUAUUAUAACAAAACCAAGGUUAACACAUCCCUAAAAGCAGUUCUUUUUAGAAAAUAAGAGCCUGUGGACCCUGAUUUCAGCAUGCUAGAUUUAUCAAGACAAUCCCUAUACAAAGUUUACUGGAUUUAAUUUUUCCCCCCAGUCAAAUACACAUGAUUUCUGUGGUCAGUAUACAUUAAAGCCUGAAGGGAGUGCAGAGUAAUCUGCAUUUUUUUCUAGUCGCUUGUAUUUGUAUAGAUGAAAAGUUCUGCAUCUCAGAGAGAGGAACACAAGAACUGCAUGUUUUAGAAUGGCAUCAGGUUGCUAAAUUUAAGUUGUUGUUUUUUAAUUUUCAAAUAUAAUUUCCUCAGUUCACUGUAUUUGAUUGCUGUAGCAAUCUCUGAUUUAGGUCAUGCAAGUUUUGCCUUUAUAAAGCCUCAUGAAAUCAAGCCAACACGUGGUUUUAGGUGUUUGGGGAUGUUUUGCAAUACUUCAAAGAAAAGAAGGUUCAAAAAUAAUUUUUUUUAUAAGAUGGCAAAGAAAAAUUUUCUUUGAUACAUUUUUAUGUCUCUCCCCUUAAUCACUAUUCUUUUCUCCUGAAUGUCUCUUUCUUUCAAAGAAAAAUGCUUUGAACUUGGAAGAACAGUAAAGUGUAAAGCAUAUGAUCAAAACCCCUCUCAGACUAUUUAAUUCCAAUACUUCUUGGGACUGGAAUUAACAUUCUUGGUCCUGUAAAUAAUAAAUAGAAAUCAUCUUGAUCUCUCUAUCCCUGUCCAAAGUAAUUAAUACUGCAAUGCUGCAUCGCUGUAAUUCAAAGAAGAAUUAUUGAUGUUUUUCUUCAUAAAUGUCCAUUUUAUAUUUUCCUAUGCUUUUUUUUUUUUUUGUAGAGAAACAGAUAACCUGCCAGUUUUACUUUUUAAUUGAACUUGCUCAUCCUAUUAAUGAAAAUUUUAUAAAGCCUUGAUAAUGAACAUUACUUCAAGGGUAAAAUUAUCAGUGUUUUUCAGUGCAUGUGGUCUCCAUUUCAGGAAGACUGGCAUGAGACCUUUUUCACACGUAAUGGAAAAUUAAUAUAUAAAGAAAAUAUGACAGGAUGUUCCAUAGUCCUACUUUAAAAACAGUUGUAGUAAUGUAUAUGAAGACAAAACCCCCCAUGGUGAUUCCAUUUUGCUUGAUACUUCCUGUUAAUGAUUGCAUUAGUAGUGUUUAUAGCUGUUUCUGCAGUGCUCUCUCUGUGCCCCUAAAUAUUAAGUUCUUGCCUAUGAGUUCAAAAGGUCUGGUAAUUAAUAAUUAGCAGUGCAAAAAGUCUUUGUAAAAGGUAAAGUCACAAGGAAUGUAUCUCAUUGAGGACAACUGAGCCGGAGCAAUUUGUUUAGCUUACAACCAGGAAAUCAUCUUGUCACCUGUAUGAGUAAGUGAGAGCCACAGAAAAGAAAAUUAAAGAAGUAAUUUUAAAUUUAUUUUUUUCACCCCAAUAACUUAAGUACCUCUCAACUGCAGCAUCCUGUAUACGUUUAUAACACAGACUGUCCUGCAUUUUUGAUUCUUCUGUUUUCAUGGAUUUGUAUGUUUUGUGGUAUGAUUUUCAUAUCAUCAAGGUUUGAUGCUGCUUAUUCUAACUGCGAGGAUUUAAUGUUUGCAAGAACUGUACAUGACUGUAUUGCUGUCUUAAGGAACAAGUUUAUGAUGACUUGAGGAAGCUAAGGAGUUUGGACAAGACUUAAAAUAUCUCUGUUUUCUCUUCAGAGAUGAAUGGUAGCAUCAGCAGGAUUGAUAAUUACCAAAUGAUGCUUUAUCAAUAUAAAAUCUUUACUGGUUGUAUAAAUUCCUGUAUUUAUAUCUAGAGUAUAGUUAGAAUGGAUCUUUUUUACAAAAAGAAAAAAAUUUUUCUAGUUGUUUUUUACUACUGUUGCAUUAGUAGAAUUUGCAUUUCAUAGCUCUGUUAAGUGUUAGCUUAUGUACUUGAAAUGUUUGUUUCUGCCAUACAGAAGACCAGUGUGUUUCUCAGAAAUUAUAAUCCAUUUGGAAGCCAUCUAGAGAGGACUAUUUCUGUACCCAUUUGGAGCUAAUACUAAAAUUUAUAGCAACUUCUGUAGGCUUAAUAGUGAUCACUGUCAAUACUUUAACUAAAAAAAAAAAUGUGAAAGGUUUGUGGGUUUUUUCAGUGCAUAGAGGUAAUCUUCAAAUGUCAUCCCUUUGUCAUAUGUAAAUUAAAAAAUAUUAGCAUUGCUAACACUUCUGCAAAGAAGCAAAAUGCUGAUGAAUAUGUACCCAAGAGUAUUCCUGGACAAAUUUUAAUCAAUUUAGCUAUAGUGGUUAAAAAGACCUAUCACCUUCAGAACAAUCAACAGAAAAUUCAUAUGUGCACAUGGUAGAACUAUAAACAUCUGUUUUAAAUAAUUAAAGACUUGUUUCCCAAUUGACAAAAAAUUGAUGAGCUCUCUGAUGAGAUUUUGAGUUCAUAUAACCUACUGCUUGUAUUAGUGGGCCCGAAGAAGCUGGUGCCUCAUUUAUGUUUAACACCAGUCAUGCCUUUAUUAAUGUUUUUACCUUGCUUCCCAGCUCUGUGUCUGGAUGAGUUCCCAGCUUCUGGCAAGAUGAGACCCUUGCAUGUCUGUCUAUGGUUUUUGUUCAAAAGAGCUGGACAAGCAGGCCAGGAAAAAGUUGUAGGGUGCUUGAGGAGAGAAAGAUACACCAAGGCUUCAGGCUUCAAAGCUUAGCAUAGCCAGGAUGGACUAUAUUUUUGUAGUCCCUUCUGAAAGCUCUGUCUAACAAUUAAUGUGAGCUACCAGAAUACCCUUGGCAAGAGAAAUGUUUUGGCUAACUCUACCAGCUCUGUAAGACAUUGAAAAUACUGAACGUUAUGGUAGCUAUUAGUAGGACAAUGUCCAAAUGGCCAAUUAAUAUUUUAUUCUGUGGAACAAAUAUUUUGGAAAAAUAUAGUUUGUGGUAUUAUUCAAAGACUAGUGUUAGGAUUGAAAAGCUACUGAAUAUAAACACAAUGUGGUACUAAAUUUUAAGUCAUUUGCAACUGUCUUUUUCCAAAUUCAUUGGAAACAAUUUUAGGGAGCUCUGUUUGAUCCAGGUAUAGCUAGACAAGAGUGUGUGUACUGGAAGGUGGGAACAGGAAGAAAUGAGCUAAAAGUAAAAUUGGAUGGUUUGUUUUCAUUAUGGAAACUGUGUGUAAAGCCAAAAAUAAAAUCUCCAUAGUGCCCCAAAUCCCUUCUAUGACUUUUUAAAGGGAAUUAGCAUUUUAAGUCCCAAAUUUUUUAAACUAAAGAAUUCAUUGGAUAAAAACCAGUUUAAUUAAUAACCUGACAGUGCCAGUAACAGGGAAAGAGUUAGAGAUAUAACUAUGUUCUUCUCCUGGUGUUAAUGUAAGUAAGCUCUGUUUGGGACUAAUUCUCUUUGCAGUCACGGACAAUUAUUUUGUGAACAGGGAGAUGGAGGAAAGCCAUUCAAAGCUGCUUGGUCUUGCUUUUCAGGAUGGGGAGAGCACAUGUGCUGAACAGUAGGGCCUGGAGGCUUUUAAUGAGAAUUUCAAGGAUACAAGAUUUUCUAGCUGGAUAGUUUAGAAGAUUUACAAGGAGCACACAGGCAUGCAUAUUCUCACUGUGAAGGUUCCUAGUAGCACUGUCCUCUCACAAGAUGCCACAUCUAUACAUUUAAACAGGCAUUUGGACUGUAUGUCUAGCCACAUUCCAGAGGAUUUUCUACAGGCAUCUGUCACUUGUGGUGUCUGUACUUUCUGUCUUGGUUUUAUGUCUCCUUAAAUUUGGUACCUUGAAAAAUAUGUUUGUUCAUAUUUGACAAAAAUAACCAUCUUUCCCAUUCAAGGAGCUUGUGAACCUGUCCUGAAAUAAUUUUUUUCAUUAGCCACCUUUUUACAUCAUAUCCUUAGAAUCCUAAAAGAGCUGAAACUCUUCUCGGCAUUUCCCUAGAGCUGCCAGUUACCUUAGAGAUUUAAUAUGCUUGUAUGUCGACAGGAUCAUCGAAGGGCAAGGUGAUAUUCACAGUGGCAGAUGAGACAUGCAAUAAAUAGAUGGGAUUUGUACAUAAGGAGUACAAGCUGUUGAGAUGCUCCUGAAAGGUGAAGGGGGCCUGAUCUCUGCACCUUUCCUCUGGCUCUUCUUUGUUGCUGUCAUCACACACAAAUAAUGUAAUGUCAUACAGUAUUAGCAGCUUCUUGUCUUAAUUCAUGGUCACUAAUAAACUAAUGAAACUUCUCACUGUCACAUCUGUCUGUCUAGAGCAGGUAUCUUCAAAUGUUGAGCACUAUGGAAUUGCAUUAAUGUAUUUUUAAUGUAUAUUCUGGCAUUUAAGAAAGGUAAAUUUCAUCUAAAGGUAUUUCAAAAGUUCUGAGAGGAUCCCAACCCAGAAUGGUUUCUGUCUGUCAUUAGCCAGACUUGUGACUUACACUGGUAUUCCAGUAAAGUACAGCUGGUAGUUAAUUCUGUAGUAACAUCCACUUACCUGCAUGAAUGGAUACAUGAACUAUGCCUGGAAGCGUUGCAAAAAUGGGACGCUGUCUAGUUCUCUGCAUAACUCAUAUAUUUGUGUCUAAAUGGCAGUUCGUAGCAAAGAGCUGAAACAUGUGCUUUCCACUCAGUCCAAACCUAUAUUCAAUUGAAAAUUAAAACAUCUUACAUGAUUUGUUAGAUAAAAACAUCUAACGGGUUAGAUGAAAACCAUCUAACAUCUACUGGCACAUAUUCAGUAGUUUCUGCCCUUUGUUUCCCCUUCUUCCUGUUUAUUCCACAAGAAAGUCCAUCAUCUUUGCAAUCAUAUAAAUAUUUUGGGACUUAGGCAUAUGCUAUGCUUUAAAUAGUACUUUAGGCCCCUUGGAGAUUGUUCUUGCAUUUCAUUUAUAGCAUUUACAUGUAAGCCUACAGAUUAUUUUCUUGGAGAGAUAUUGUUCCUCACAUAAAAGCAAUCCUCAAACUGACCAUGGGUAAGCUUUUAUGUGCCAUUCCUAUGAAUGUCAUUCUCUUGCCAGUAUUUGUGUGGAUGUAUGUAGAUAUGUAGUACCAGGUUCAUAAUGUUUAUGUGAGAGCACACCUGUACAUAGAGAUGUAUAUACAUGCCCUGGUUUUGCCCAAUAUAACAAUGUCAACUUGUAUGUUGAGCCAAAAAAACUUAAAACUAUACAGUGCUUGAGAUGCUGCAUUGUUUUUAUUAUAGUAUUUUUUUAUAUCAAAUAACUUGCAGGAUGUUUACAGAUGCUUAUUAAUAUUUAACUUAUACAAUGGGGUGGCAAGAUGUUUAUGAUUGUUGUCAGCUAAAGAAUUGUAUAUGAUUCUGGGUGAAAUUUUGGCUUUUUUGAAAUCCUUGGCAAAACUCCCAUUGAUCUCACUGGGGCCAAGAUUAAACUCUUCUGAAUCUAUUGUUUACUGGCUAUUUUCCUACUGUGAUAAGUUUUUUAAUGAGUGAAAUGUAUUUAUUUUUUCCCAAUGUGAAAUCUGCAGUUUCUAUUUGGAUUUUUCUAUGGAACCUGCAAACUACAACACAGGUGGGAAUAUAUGCCUCAGAGACUGUACAGAAUUUUUCAUUGAUCUGGUCCUUGAAUAUGUCUAAGAAAAUACCUUCUAAAAUAACUUUUGUAAGAUUUAAUACAGAAUCCUCUAAAAAGAGAUCACCUUUCAUGCCUCUCUCAUCUCACAAAGAGGGAAUGCAAUGUGGCAGGUGAAGGUGAAGAAUUAUUCCAUGAUAAAUAAAAAGUAGUCCUGUCUGUUUUCUAUACUUACUGAUCUCAUGCAGCUCACCUGUCUUUGCAGAUCUGGUAUAAGACACUUGAAGUACCUUAUCCAGAAGUACCUUAUUGGGAAAAAAAAAAAAAAAGUUACAUAGUAAGUAUGCGGGUUUAAGCUUCUCAUCAAGACAUGGAGGUAUCUUCAGAGCCAGUGUGUUGAGUGACUUUUUAUAUUCCAUGGAUCAGUUAAAAUGAUGAAAACGUUAAAUGGUAAGGCAAGUCAGACAGCUGCUUGACAUUAGAGAAAACACUUGUCUAAAAGCAGAAGGAACAGUUCUUUAAUAGCACAAGGAUGAAAUAUACCAUAAUGCAGCGCUUCCUAAAUCCCUUUCCAGGGUAUCUUUUAAUUAUGUAUGCUCAAAGUGUAUUCUUCCUGUAAAAAAACCAUAUGGCUGUGAAACAGCUAAAUAGAUGCAUCCUAAUUUCUUCAUCUAAGGCUAAAAUACCAUUUUUAAACAAGAGCUGUCAUGCACUUUGAAAUACAUAUGUUGGGAACAGGUAAGUUUAUAUUUAUCAUAGAUAAGUCAUCCCAGGGGUAGUCGGAUGUGUAAAAUGAUGUAGUAUGUCAAGGUUAUCAAAAGCUGAAGAAAUAACAAAGCAGACACCUUCCUUCACAAGGCUCUUUCUGAAGACAUCUGUGCAAAUGCCCACCACUUCCAGGAAUCUUUUCCUAUAAUUUUGUUGAGGAAAGGAUCAUAUUCAGAUUCCUAUCCUUCCCCUUGCUAAUAAGGCAGGAAGUAUGCACCUUGGUUGAAAUUUCUAGGAGUUUGUUGGCUGUAGAAACAGACCUCAAAGAAUAGACAUUUGAGGCAAUAAAUAGGUUUGCAAAGGAUACAGGGCUCUGUCUGGGCUCGUUAGCUAAUGUGGCUCUGACCACAGAUUAGUGGAAGAAAAAGCUUCUUGGUGCUUCACUUGGUGGCAAGGCUCUGUGGUUGUCAGUGGGGGCAGAAGGGUGCCAAGCAAGCAGACUCCUUUCCUUUUGCGUAUUGGUUGGCUUUCUGCAAUUCUAAUCAGGACUGGAGUUCAGGACACACCUUUAUUUGUCUGCAAGGCCAUGUGAUAUCUGAGGAAAUGAGGAGGAAGUGGCUGAAAGUCUGGAUUCUGCCUUUGGUUUCCUGCCAGUGAAGCUGGUGUAAGACUGGGGGCAGUGUAGUUAACCUCCGAGUACCUCACUUUCUCCACCCAAGGGAAUAGGGAUGCUCACCACCUCUGUACAGCCCUCUCAAGUCCUGUAGGAGAGCAGUGUUAUAUAAACCGCUGAGUUUUACCCACACUAUUAUAUGUAGUAAAAAUAAUUACUUCUGUCCAUAACACUGCAAGAAUUGCUUUUCCUAGUUCCAGUUCUCUUUGAUGACCUACUAUGUCCUGGGCAGUCAGUUUUAAAGCUUAGCAAUUGCUCUAAUACUUAGAAUUACACACAUAGCAGGCUCUGUUUGCUGCAGAAAAGAAUAAAACUUUAAACUGCCUGACAAAACUUGCCAAUGAAGUAUAUCUAACAGAGCAGGGGUGUAACUUUUGGCUUUAUUUACUUGUAAUAAUGGUAAGGAACAGUGAAUUUUGUUUGUUUACAUACUGUUUACAAUGGCACAGUUUUAUUUUUAAUAUAUAAAAACAAUUGAGGUAUUUAUUGCAUAUACUAUUUUAAAGAUGUUUUAUGUGUUUUCACCUUUGGAAUAUAUUGUUACAUUUCCUUGUACAGAUAAUUUGGGUGGCUUUGUUAAUAUAGUUAGUAAUUUUUAUGACUACUAAGUGACCAGUUUUCCGUGCCUUUUUAUUGUUGGAUGCAUGAUUACAUAUUUAUUAUUGUAUGGAAGUCACUGAGAUGUGUAUUUUUGUAUUCUGCUGGAAGCAAUGGUUGAUUUUAUUGUACAUGAUAAGAGAUGCCUUCCAUAACAGGCACUCGUAUGAGAUCUUCCUUCUCAAAUAAACAGAAUGCAUUCAAUGUA